AUGCCGAUGCGAAUCUACGUCGAGUCACCAAAUCACUACUCACAUGUCACUGGGGUUUAUGAAUUACAAGACAUGGCAGUGUGCUCGAAUCGAGGCCUGCCUGUGUGGAAGCGAGUCCGACAAAAAAAGAAAGACGAGAAUACCGCGACGCGAGUUGUCGUACAACUGACUGCUCUACUCCUAGUCCUAAAUUCCUUAGAUUUUGCUAGACCUGGGAUCAUGGUGAGGACUAAAAACGGAUGAAAGAAAGGCAACAAUGCACAACUAGCACAAUGCUAGUUGUGCCUUUUGGGUCCUUCUUGAACGCGGGUAAGUAUUCUUGCUUCAUCUGUUGCUUCCUGCUCUCCUUCCAGGUGACCAGCCAGUGUCUGUUUAUGAGCUCGCGGGGUCAUUGGGUGGUGACGGACGACGGCUUUGAUGAGGGCACUGUGCUCCUGCAGUCGGUGUACCAAGCGGACGAGGAGAUACCUCUAGGUGGCACCAGUAAGGAUGAGGAAGAAGUAGAAAUGAAGCAAAGACCUUCUGGGAUGAACGACGGCGAAAAGGACAGAAAAAUAAGCACUUCACCUUUAGAGGACAAAAAAGUUAAGAGCAUGAUGAAGAAAAUCGUCUAUGAUUAUAUGUAAUACAUCGUGAUUCUUGGGGCGCUUCGCCUGCGCUUCUGUCAGCAUCCCGAUGAGUCUGAUGGUAAGGCACCCUAUUCUAUCCUAUCCUAUCCUUUGUGAAACAUAUCAACUCUGACUGAAGCUGAAGCCGACCCUAGUCAGAGCAGCCUUUAAGGAGCCUAUCAUGCUGUAGCAAUAAUAUGUCCGUCGUUACCCACUAAGAAUGAGAAGCCACCGAGUCCGGGAGAAGGCGGUGCAUUUAUGGGUGCGAGCAAUUCCAACGGAAAUCGGAAAAACGCCAAAUCAGGGAAGAAAAAGAGCGGAAAGAAAAUUAUGGAAGGUUAAAAGCUCGAAGUUGCUAGUAGUAGUUCUUGUAGUUACAAAGUUCUAAAUCUAAUAACUACUAGUUGUACUACCUCAACCUCACGUGUUGCAGCAGAGAUGCUCAAUGUCAGAAAUGAGUCGGUGCAUAGUGCGGGGACAUAUUAGGAUUGAGCUCGAGAAGUGGGUAGAGGUACAAAGACAUACAUCUGAUUGUGGUCUAAGACGAAAGGGGGUGGAAGUGGAAGUGGAGUGGUUGUGGACCGCGCAAACGACAACAGUUUUUCACCAGUUAAGGCCUAACAAGUGUCAGCUUUUCAUCAUCUUCAGCAUUCUUUGUUAUUUCAUGUGCGAAUGUAUCUGUCUCUGGGCGGAUCCUGAGCAGUGCUGCGUGUGGUUGUGGAAUUUUUAGGACAAUCAUAAAUAGAAACUUUAUGGAUUCUUGGAAAUCUCUAAGCCCCGACUGGACGACGCAAGCACUCGCUGCCCUCCUACGGACUGCAGCGACGACGUAAGUUCUGCUGGCGCAGACUCAUCGAAGAAGAAGAAAACAGCAGGAGUCUUAGCCUCAUCUUAUGAACGAAACCUACAUAGAAUGAAUAGCCCGCCACAAGAUGAACAACAACAACUUCAACAUUUUGUCAUCAUCAACUUAAAUAUUCUCAUUCCUUCUUUUGAUCGGCGAAGACGGAUCCACUACAAGCUAUUCUGUUAUUGCGUAGUAUGUCUACUUCCAGGAGAGCAGGAGGAGGCGACCAGCUAGGAAUGAUACUUCAAGGACAGGUUUUAGUAAUCCACGCAGAGUAUGAGUACAUCAAGAUCAACUGGUUGUACAUUUCAUCUACUCAUCUACUAGUACUAGAUAAGAAGUACUUUCAUCUAUUCUAAGACGAUCAAAGUCCAGGGGCAGCAAGCGCAUGCUCCAAAAUGCGUCUGCCGCACUACACUGCAUACGAGAACCUGAAAUUGCCGGUGCAGUGUGCUGACUGGCUUUACUUACGACUUGGGCACUGGUAGAGGUCCAGGACCUACCUAGUAGACUAGUCUUCUCUCAUCUUAUACUCAAAAAUCUAGGCUUGUUUUCAUAUUAUAAUAACAGAUGAAGAGGACUUGUGUAAAAGGCUUCUGCAAGAAGAUGCUUUAGGGUUUAGAGUCCACCUCUAUUUUCUAACUUCUGCGGAGUCUGCAACUAGUAGCUCUAUGACGCAAAGGAGCGAGCAGAAACAUUACGUGGCAUCAAAGCCUUCUGGGGAAAAAGACAAGAAAUUCCAGAAAGACAGAACUAUCCGGUGCCAAAAGAUUCCCGAUAAGAUCGAAGUCUACUCGCCAGUAAACCAGCAGCAAACAAAUGGCAUAUACUUAAGGCCACAGUUUUCAUAUGAUAGGACGUGACAGAGAUGAUUACAGUGACACCACUGAGAGUGGGCAAGACCAUCAUGGCCUGGAGGUUGUUGACAAUGAACUCGAAAUCAUGUAAACGAAUCUUAGAUAGAAGAAGGCGUCACAUCAUGCUGCAGGGCGUCCUCGUGCUUGCAGAGAUGAACUUAGCAUGAGGAGAGUCAACAUAAAAGGAGAGUAGGUGAGUGAUUUUGUUCUUGAAUUUCAGUCUUCUUCUAACAUUCGUCGUGCAGCGCGAGCCGCACAUGAACUUGCCGUGCUGGCGGGGCACUAUGGCAGGGACGGAGGAGAAGUACCUUUUCUCUGCGAACAGUGGGAAAUGGAUGGUCGGACCAUCAAAGACGUCAGGGUGGAUUUUGUCGCAACACGCGCAUAAGGGUGCGAUGCCGGAAAAAAUGCUGGAAUGGGUGCAGCACGCUGGAAAAGGAAAAUGGACGCCUGAUGAACGCAUUCAAAUCUCAGAAUUUACUGUGCCUUUGCCUGACCCCGGAUCAGCUGCGGCUGUGGAAGGAGCAGAAGCAGCAAGUCAAAACGAAAUGAUCGGAGGAACUGCGCCAGAAUCCGAAAUGGAAGCGCAGUUGAACAUUUUGGUUAAGGCGUGCAAAGGUAAUAGAUGAAAGUGGAAUUAUAGAGUGUCGCGACAGAUUACUAGAAUCUUCUAUCUUGAAGUCAAUAUUCGAUCAUGGUGUUGAGUCACAACAUGCGAAUGCGUAAGCUAUUUCCUGUCCUUGCGUUUGUUGACUCUGACGAGCAUUCUCUAAUGUCCCUGGCGGAAAAAGCGGUUCGUACAACGCGAUUAAAUCUCGCUUCCGUUCGCCAGUGGAGGAGGAGUUUUUGCCCCCAGAGUUCAUUCACAUCGAGAGCUUCACGCAUCGCGGUGUGUGUGCUGGCGUUUUUCAGCUAGUGCGAAGUGAGUUCCGCAAUGUCCCUCAGACUAGCGACGGAAAAAACUUGCUCGAACGCGAAGGCUUACCGAUUUGGCGUCGGUUGAAGUCGGUGGCCGUACACAGCAACUGCGCAGCGCCGCCACCGGGAUACUACAUGGGACCGGCGCCGGACGUCGUCUCGACGACCAACACUCUGGUUGGAGGCACUCAUCUAGGAGGUGGAGGAAGUGGAGCCUUCGCGUUUUGCAGCAACACUGGCAGUUCCACUUGUAUCAACGGAAAUGGGACCACAAAUGCAGCUGCUGGGACAAACGCUGUCGCUCUCGGGACGUCUUCGGUGUUUGGAGCGCCUCCGGCUGGUGAACAGAACAGCAUCACUGGAUCACAGUUGGAUUUAAAGUCAUCUUUGGUCUCCUCCUCCAGUACUACGGAAAUGGGAGGUAGUGCAACAGGAAAUGGUGUUGCGCCCCCAGUUUUGUCCUCCAGUACGAGUGCUACUGGUACGACCAACUACAGUGCUCAACAUCAACAUGCGUCAACACCGGUCCGACGCGCAAAACGCAAGUCUGCUUCUGUUGGAGGCACUUCCUCAUCGGUUGGCGGCACUCUGACUCCGCCAAGGAGUACAAUGCCAACAAAAAAAAGUUUUCUUUUCGGUCCGUCGCCGGCGCCCCCGCCGCCAAAUAGUAGCACGGGCAGUCAUCUAGUGGGGCCGCCAUCAAUAAAUAGAAGUGCUAACGCUGGAGGAGCAGGAGGUCCGCUAGCGCUAGUAGGCCCCGCGGCUGGACUUUUAGGAGCAGGUUGCACUCCUGGCACCACUUUGAACACCGCAAUGAAUAGCGCGGCUGCGUUGGCCGGAAGCGCCAGCGUCGCAGCUCUUGCGACGUAUGGCGUGAUGCCGCCAGCUGGUGGCACAGUGACAACAUCGACAGGUUGCACUCCGCUAGCCGGCCAGUAUAGUUACGGCUUCCCCUAAUCCACCAUCAGACUCAGAGGCAUCCUGGAAGGGCUUUUUAAGGGAAAAAGAGCUCCAGGAUCAGCCUGGAGACGGAUUCGCGCGAGGUCUAAUAUAGUCCACGCGGCAUUGCUCCAGCGGCUGCCGGAGGCGGAGGAGGAGGAGGGGGAAGCCCGUGUUCGCCACCUCGCAUCCCGUCGCAGCGCCUCUUCGCGAGUAAAGGAGUUCCCGCUGGCGGUUUCCUGCUCUCUCCGAAGAAGCGCGCUGCUGCUGGCAGUCUCGCACCUGGAACUGCAGUGGAUGGCCUCCCGCUUCCGCUUGGUCCAACGUCUUGUAUUGGCACACCACGCCAAGGCGGCCAUCAACAGCACCUUGCGAACAGUUUUCCGACAUCAGGAGCAGGUCCGUAUCAUGGAGUUAAGGGACAACCUUGGGAAGAUGAAAGCUUGACGUACUUGACAAGUACAACAAGUACAACUUAUUAAAAAUGUUAAGUACUUUUAAUUAGAGAAGAUACUACGACUACCUCUAAAGAGACAACGACAACUAAUGGCACGACGGGCGUAGGCGGACUGGGAGGCCCAGCACCUCCAGCAUCGACCUUUUCUUUGGUGGGGUCAUUAACCGCAGCACUCCCAAUACAGCAUAAUAUGAUUCAAGAUGUCUUCUGUCCGAUAAAACAAGCCAUCCUCCUGAACACGUGGACGGGAAACCCUCUACCUAACUCCGCUCCGGCCAACGCGUCUCCCACGUUAAACACAACUACUUCAUCUGCACCCUCUCCUGGUGGGAGUGGAACUAGUACAGCAGGUACUGGAAAUAUUAAGGCUCUCAUCUUUGUAUGUUUUUGCUUGGUUUGUUGUGUUUCAAUCUACUCAAAAUCAGUGGUUGUGGUGAUCAAGGUAUUAUAUCAAUUUGUUAGAGCAGGAAAUGGUUCUCAUAUCAAAUGUUCAACAUGAUUCUAUUCUUCUACAACUUUGCUAAUUCAUUUCAACGUCUUCUAGCAACGACUCGAGCUAAAAAAUGUUCCUGAGCCUCGUUAUCCGCCAAGAACUGUAAGUACUUCCAAAGAUACAACAACCGUUCGUUUUUACUGUAAUAUCUUAGAAUAGUUUAUAGAACGGAUGUAGGAUGGACUUGGAUGGAUCGGAUGGGCCCCCCUGAGGCUUCCGGUCCUACUUUAAAUGGUGGGAAGUCCAUCCGAUCCAUCCCAUUCCGGAUCUGCCACCCUUAAAUAAAUUAUUCUAAAAAUAGGUUCAUCUUAUUAUUCUAAUAUCUUCGCUUGUCUUCUUGCCAUUGGUAGAGAAUGAGCACCAAAGACGUAUGAUGAUGUCGCAACAACUUGAGUGGUAUUCUUCCAAAGAGACAGCUUCUAAUAUAAGCAACUCUACUGGUGCACCGGUAGCGACAACUCCAGCUCCAGCUACAACACCAGCUCCAGCUACAAGUUUCACGAGUACGUCACUCGACGUGUUUCUCUACUCCCGAAGCGGAAAAUGGUUAGUUGGAAGCCAUCCCACAGGUGCAAAGGCGUGGAUGGCGGUUUUGGUGGAGCAUCGCAAUCGCCUUCCGCCUUCCCGAAAUUGGAGCACGUGGACGGGUUUUUUGACUCCUGAAGGAGUAGCUGUCACCGGUGGUGAUCCAAGUAAACCUGUUCAGGAGCAGCAAACAGAUGAAAAUUCAGGCAAUAGUACUGGCAGCAACAACACGUCAUCCACCGUUAAGGCUUCUUGAUGCAAGAAUUCCAAGAAUAUGUUUGUUUCCAACGGUCCUCUUCUAUUUUCUUCUAUUUUUCUAAGUACUCAGGUCAUUUGAGUCUGAAGAUCUUGUUACUAGUAGGUCGUUUUCUUCUAUUCUACUAGGGACUGAUCGCCUUAUAUGAAUCUGAAGAAGAUACGUUGAAGGAAUCCGAAGAAUAUAGAUCCGUUGAAGAAUAUAGCUAUAGAUACGUUUAUAAUUGAGCAGGAGCUCUAAUAAAUCGGGAGAUGAAGGGUCUUCGUCCGGUAACUCUUCUGGAGGAGCAACUCCUCAGGUAUAUUCGAACGUCCCGAACACCUGUACUACAGGAGCUACAGGAUCACAAAGCGGAGGCAUUACGACACCAUACGUUGCGCACGCGGACGGAACGGCUCCGGCUUGUGACCUGAGUCCCACUUCGAAUGACAGGAACUGGGUCCCUUGCAGGGACUACCAACCGACGGUCCUCGAGCAAACCGCGACCACUUCUGGAUCGAUCAUGAACCAAAACUGCGCUCCAGAGGAGGACAACCUCGGAUACACGCGCGUAAACGUCCUUCGCAGCCUGCCCGAAUUCAUACGCGUACUAGAAGUAGAACAUACAACGGAUGUGCUCGUCUAUGUGGUUGCUUUGAAGAUACUAACUAAGUACUUGCAAAGAGUGGCAAGGGGAACUACAAUACGUACUCGAUUUUUUCGCACUUUAUUUCAGUCUAAGAAUCCUAGAUGAGCAUCAACAUUAUAAUAAAUAUGAACUACAACAACAAGGUUUCCACCGGUGUCCAUGGCGGUGCGACUGGAUAUUACAAGUUGUUGCCUCCAGAAACGACGGCCUGUGGUGGCAUGCCCUGUUGGCAGAAGAUGAUGGAGACGGAGCUCGUCGAAGAGGGUAGUCACCCCGGUUGCGAUCGACACGAUGCUAUCCGACAACGCAUAGAAGUACAGCAAAAGUUAAGGAGAGAUCAACAAGGACUAAGAAGUUGUGGAAUAAAAAUGAUCCUUGACCACGUGGAAGAAGUGCGAGAGAGCUUCUAGAAUAAUUAGAUGAAAUUUUUGAAAAGAGCCAUGAUGAACAUGAAAAACUACAACCAUUGAUGCUCUUGCUAAGAAAACGCAGUGCCUCAGCGGCUAAAAUGCCGAACAACGGUGGCGAGCAAGCUGGGGUGGGAUUGAAACCAAAAUCCUGUAUGGACAUUUUGCGAGGCGAAUCACGUGGCCGGAUCUUCGAGACACGCAACUAUUUGCGGGACAAUCAACAACAAGGCCUCAAAUGGCACCCGGAUCGAAUUGCGAUCUACUAUUGCUGUUACGAAGAAGAAAAUAGAAAUACAUACUUAGGUGUAAUGUACUUACUAAAGAACCAACAAGCCCCCAGGACCACGUAGAUUUGUACUUGUUGUAGGUGCUUUGCUUGGAUGGACCUAGUUGUGUCUGCCCUACUGGAUGAUUAGCAUUCUUCCACUAACAGUCUAUGACUGGUAAAAACUAUCUAUGAAUGAAAAUAACUAUCUAAUAGUAGAGUAGUUUAUAGAACGGAUGUAGGAUGGACUUGGAGUUGGAUGGAUCGGCUGGACCCCCCUGAUUCUUCCGAUCCUACUUGAAAUGGUGGAAAGUCCACCCGUUCCAUCCGAUCCAUCCGAUCCAUCCCAUCCCGGAUCUGGCACCCCUAUGAACUGCUCUAUGAAUAAAUACAGACUCUAUGAAUCCUGACGAUUUCGAUUCGCUCCUUCUAAAAUCUUGGGUGUUGGGAGAUUGCUGCCACUGCGUGGGCGCCUCUCUUGCGGAGCGCUAGCACAGCGAGGAUGCCCUGGGAUCCACAGUUGAGAUGGUUCGGAACCUCUUCGCCGGUCGCUGUCCAGGUUGCGGCUUACCCCAGCAUCUCGCGUAGCAGUCUCGCGCGUGCGGGUAAUGCUACUCUCUGUUGAAGAAGCCUUGUUCACGUGAAAUGCUGCAGAUGGUUGCGGAUGUUGUCGAUUUUGUUGUCAUCCUGGAGAUGAUUCAACAUGAAGGGAGUGUCAUUCAUCUUGAUGAAGAAGAUGUGGUCAUCCUGAAGAUGAUUCGUGAAGGGUUAUUGUUCUUUCAUCUUGUCGUGGUCAUGAUUUAGAAGUUGGGAAUGUGCCUCGACGAAAAUGAAGUCGUUUUGGGGCAUCAUUAUAGGUUGUGGAGCAGAAUGUUUUCGCGGGGUGAAGAAACUCGUGGAUGGGUGGAGCCAUCUCCACUGCUGUUGAUGUUGACUGGUGCGGGAAUGUGCGAAAAUAAACGGAUGCAAACGAAAUAGAAAGGGAAGGACGGAGAUGCAGGUGGAGCAGCUGUGUCGUGGUAGCUUUUGCAAAUGUGGUAGAUGAAGUACUAGCUUUUCUGUAGAAAAUGAAAAGUGGGUGUGGAAGAUGUGGAGCUCGUGUAGUGCAGCUACAAGUCGUUCUUAAGAUUAUCCUUGUAUAUUUAUAGUAUACUUCUAAAGAUUGAUUAUUGAUUUACUAGUCAAAGCUAUCAAUAUGAAUUUUUAUGUCGUUGCUCCUUUCUUCUGAUAUCGGGUGAGUUUACACCUCUUAACAAGAAAAUUUUCAGGCUGCAUUCUUGUUUUUAUUGUCGUGAUUGAGCUUCGGAAAAGUUCUUUCCGAUUCUGUUCUUUUCCAUAAAGCCUUUUCGUGAGGAAGCAGGAUUUUUGCUGAAGGUUGUCAUUUUUGAAUUCUUUCCGGUGUUUCAAUCGUUGUACGUAGAAGCGAAGGUGUGAAGGUUGCCGUUGAUAUCCACUGCAGAACAAGCAUAAUUGAUGAUUUCUUUUUUGUAAAUAUUAAGUCCGAAUAUGAUUUUUGAAUAUGAUUUUUGAAUAGAAUUAUGAAUAUAUCUUAUUCAUCCAGCAACGAGAGUUGUACUAGUUGGGUCGUUUUUCAUUCGAAAGUAGUUAGGUCGUAGUCUUGUUUAUUGUUGGCUCUUCAGUAGCCAAUUGCGUCCGCUAGUUUUCCUAGUGCGGCCCACACAAAAAAAAAACCGUCGUGAUCAUGGUUAUCUGUAAAAUGGGUGUAUCUUCUUCUUGGUGCGUUCCUCUCUUUCUCAACGGUCGUUAUGUCCUCACACCUCCAAGUAGAUGUUGCCAAAAAAGAUUUCAAUUUCUUUGUAUUCCAGUUUUUUUAUUGUGAGAGUGGGUAGAAAAAUGAAUUAAAAAGCAGUUGAUGAUCAUGGUUAUCGUAGUUACUCAAAAGUACUAGAUGUAAUACUUGUCUUCAGCUCUUUGUUGAAGAUGAAUUCAUAGUCGGGGUAGAUUCGACGUAUCCGUAUCUAAAAAUCUUGGACAACAAAACAGGAGAAACAGAUGAAAGAAGCACAGUCUUAGGAAUAUCUCAGUGAAAUAAUUGUAAUUGAUCAUUUGAUGUCAAAGUUAAACAUCGUUGAUCGUCAUCCUGAUUUUAGAUGAAGUCUUAAAAGAUAGAGCGUAUACAUAGUUAGUACGUGGUACGUGGUAUUAAGGUAACUAAAAAGUAGGAAUAUUGCUUGUCGUGCCAGCACCUCGAGAGACCUGUAUAUCCUCGAGUGUUACAGAAAAUCUUGAUCGUCAGAAAUGAGUCCUUGAAGAUAACAUAUCUUCCGUCUAUCAUGGAGUAAUGAAAGUACCUUCUUAAGAUCGAUAACAGUUGUAAAUGGUUAUAAUGAUAUAUUAUAAAUAAGUAUGAACGAUUUUCCUUCUUGAGAGUUUUAGAGGGCAGUUGUCGUCGUAUUAUCACCGUUCAGGAGUAUCUUUUACACUUAGUCAAUAAUGGUCUUCGGAUUAUGCUCUAGUGAGAACCAGUAAAUUUUUUUUCAAAUUUUGGAAAGAACAAUUGUAUCCAUAUUUCUUGGAUGUCUCCUGGUCGAGCUGGACCAGAAUGCGGCGCUGGCUCGAGAUGGACCAACUUGCUACACUCUCGAAGUGGUCAGUUUGGUGAUGCGGGCGGAACGGGUGACUGGGGAAUUGAGUCGUGGUCAAUUUGAAUGCUUCAGAAGAUGAUGUUUCAUCAUAUUAUUGAUGCUAGCAGGGUAGCAGGAGGACGAUCUUAGAUGAAACACAAGAAGGAAAUCGAAUCAUAAUCCCAG